AUGACCAGCCUGUGCGCAGAACAUGUUCGGAUGAGCGUGGCCAACAUCAUGGUUCUCAUGCCUUGGUUUGAGAAAGAUGCAGACUUCCAGCUUGAGGUGUUGAGGGAGUGUUUGCUAUGGCUGCGCUUCAUGUGGUCUGACACGAAGGGGUAUCGGCAACUUGGCUGCAAGCGGCUGGGCGCUUGGGCAUUCUGUAGGACCCGCACUCCUGCGAAGAGGCUGGGCUGGGAGCCUCCCCCAGAUUCGAAAGAGAUGAAGAUCCCUCAGUAUUUGAACUCCUGGGUGGAGCCUGAGGCGCUGUGGGAAUUCAAUGACCACAUGGAGCGUACCAACGCUGCAAAGCUGGUCGAUGCCGAGGUCGGAGAGCUUGGUGAUCGCAACAAAGCCUGGCAGAAAGAAACCUUGAAAGCGGACCCUGAGAUCCUUGGUGCAGACAGCCGCGUGGCCGCCGAAAACUUGAUUGGUGGAAAGCCCGGAGAGCUGUUUACGCACCGUAACAUCGCCAAUAUGGUGGUGGCAACGGAUACCAAUUUUCGCUCUGUGCUACAGUAUGCAGUGGAUGUGCUGCAAGUGCGUCACAUCAUCGUUUGUGGCCAUUACGAUUGUGGUGGCAUCAAAGCGGCUUGCUCUGUGAAAGAUCAUGCGCUGCCUCUCGAGAGUUGGCUCUCAGGGAUUCGGGACGUCUACCGGCUCCACAGAGAAGAGCUGGAUGCGAUUGACUGCAACUUGGCGCGGGAACUGACGGCCAAACCGGCCAUGAACAGCUAUAGCCCUGAUGAGCGCCACAAGCGCAUGGUGGAGUUGAACGUCAUCGAGCAGUGCCUGAAUCUCUUCAAAACCAGCACCGCGCCUCAAGGGAUUGGUGAUUUUGCUCGACGAGUGUAUUUAUUUGUUGGCGAGGUACAAGAUUAUAUUAGCUUUAUAAACGGAUAUGAUAUGUACAGUACAAUUAAUUAUGUAUAUAUAGUUAUAUUACUUACCUUUUAA